AUGAAAUACCAACAAUUUAUUGUUAUUACAGGAGGUGUUGGAGUAGGAAAGUCUACACUUAUUCAUAAUUUAAAAAGAAGUCUUCCUAAAAAAGAACGAAUCUUUAUUAAAGAAUAUAUUGAUUUUAAACCAAGUACAGGAAAGAAAAUGCUUGAAGAAACAUUAAAAGGAAAAGGGUCUAUGUAUGAACUUCAAUUAUUUAUUAUUGAUUGUUUCAAAGAACAAUUAGAAAGAGCUAAACAAAUGAAAUAUGUUAUUAUGGAAAGAAAGUUGAUGACCUUUAUACUACAUAUGGUAUUCCAAGAUUUAAUGAAAUGA